CUGAGGAUCAAGGAAGAUAUCGAAUAUAUUCUUUCAGCCGAAAGUCAGGGAUCUGAAGUGAUUGACGACUAUUCGUCUCCUGUACAGUUGAUCGAUAGUGAACUAGCAAAGAUUUACGCGAACAGCGACCGAGCACGACAGGAUUUCCCCGAGUACCCGUUAUUGCUGUGGCAGGCUAUCAGUCUGGCGAGACGUAUGCAGGACCCAUUGCUGGAGUUCUGCCAGGUGUGCGCCAACGGUGAAGAUAUUCUGGCACUGAAGUACCAUCCGCUACAGUCAAUGGUGCCGAAGACCGAAUUCAUGCAGGCGUUGUUGCUCGAGUUCGUCAACCGAGUGAACGAAGUAGGCGUGGACGUGAACGAGUGUCUGGAGCACCCGCACAAAGCGUUCGUGCUACAGUUCGUAUGCGGCCUUGGACCUCGCAAGGCUUCCUAUAUCCUUAAAGUGCUGCGCGAGCACGACGGUAUGCUCGAAAACCGAACGAAACUCGUCACCGUCUGUCGCAUGGGUCCUAAGGUGUUCAUGAACAGUGCCGGCUUCAUCAAAAUCAACACGUUCGAAAUCGCUGAGAAAACCGACGGAUACGUCGAGGUACUCGAUGGAUCUCGAGUACAUCCGGAGACUUAUGAGUGGGCCCGAAAAAUGGCUGUAGACGCACUUGAAUAUGACGACACCUCUGAGGACGCGAAUCCUGCUAGCGCCUUAGAGGAGAUACUUGAGGCUCCUGAUCGUUUGAAAGACUUAGAUUUGGACGCCUUUGCGAAGGAACUACAACGUCAGGGAUACGGAAACAAGAAUAUAACGUUGUAUGACAUCCGCGCUGAGCUCAAUCACCGCUAUAAAGACCUGCGUGUUCCGUACAGACCUCCUACGAAGGAGGAGGUAUUCAAUAUGCUCACAAAAGAAACGCCUCAAACAUUUAACGUCGGAAAGUUGGUCAUGGGUAGGGUGAUUAACAUCGUCUACCGAAGGCCUAAGAUUGACCAGCUCGAACAAACGAACCCUGUUAGAAACGAGGGUACCGGUCUGUGGCAAUGCCCAUUGUGUUUGAAAAACGACUUUUCGGAGCUUAGUGAGGUGUGGACCCAUUACGAUACAAAUCAGUGCCGGGGUCAGGCGGUAGGCAUCCGUGUUCGCUUGGAAAAUGGCAUAAUCGGAUUCAUUCCUAUCAGGUUCCUUUCAGAUAAGCGAGUCGGUAAUCCAGAGGACCGCGUCUCGAUCGGAAUGCCGUUGUACUGCCGUGUUUUGAAGGUGGACACCGAUCGCUUCACGGCAGAGCUUAGUUGUCGAUCUUCUGACUUGGCUGACAGGGAGUUCCAGUUCAGGUUGGCUUUGAACGUGUUCAUAAAAUCGAUCUUUGCUUAG